AGAGGUGAGGGCGGGGGUCCAUGGUGGCCGCUGUGGGGGUGACACGUGUCCCCGUUCCCGGUGUCCCCAUCCCUGGGCAUGGGAGCGACCCUCUGCGGGCGGGGAGGAGAGGGCAGGUCAGCGGGGCCCUGUGGCGCCAGGCGCCGGCGGAGGAGCCCUGCUGGGAUUUGUCCUUGUCCUUCCAGGCGCGCACGGGAGGUGGUGCUGGUUCCCCGGCUGGCCCCCGGGCUGUGGGGGCCGCAGCGGGGGUGUUGUCCUUGUUGCGGCUGAUCAGGAACUAAUGGGAGCUGUUGAAGUGGUUGACCAAAAGAGCUGAGCGUCAUCCAGGGGUGUGGUUGGUGGCGGAGGACUCCGCGUUGUGUUUUUCUAUGUUGGAAGCUGGAGGUGCUUAGUGAUGCCGCUCUUGGCGUCCCAGGAAAAUACAGUGUUCUGUAAAGUUAUUUACUGAGCUUUUAUCUAGGUUCUUAUUUUCCUGUUUUAAAGGGAAAGUUUCUUUACAAUUCAAAGCUCCUGGUGUGGUUGGCAGAGGGGAAUGGCUGUGAGAGCUUGUGGCUUGAUCAUCUACAGGAGGCUGCAGCCAGCACCAUCCUCUAACAGCAUCGAGUACCUCCUGCUUCAGACAUCCUACGGGACCCACCACUGGACCCCGCCCAAAGGCCACGUGGACCCAGGGGAGGAUGACCUGCAGACAGCCUUCCGGGAAACACAGGAGGAGGCUGGUCUGCAGGCCAGCCAGCUCACCCUCAUCGAGGGCUACAGGAAAGAGCUGCACUACCCUGUCCGUGGCAAGCCUAAGACCGUCGUGUACUGGCUGGCAGAAAUGAAGGACUGCAACACAGAAAUCAAGCUGUCAGAGGAGCACCAAGCUUUCCAGUGGCUGAAGCUGGAGGAUGCCUGCAAAUUUGCAGAAUACGAGGACAUGCAAGCAACACUGAAGGAAGUGCAUCAGUUUCUCUGCUCCAGAGAAUAAGUGGGGGUUUUUUUAAUAUAAGGGGAUUUCUUGAGGAGAUGGGUCUGCUUUUUAUGUUUUAAACUGGAGGAAGAAUUAUAUGGCUGCAGAAAUGUAGAUUUCUUUUUUUUUUAAUCUGUAGAAAUUCAGUGAGGAUACAUGGAGCUUUUAAAGAGAUUGUGCUUUUGUCUCCCCUAGCUAGCACAAAAAAGCAUAGUCUGAUUGAACCAUAAGCCAGAGAUGUCUGAAUUCUGAAUUGAAGCCUAGGGCUAACAAAAGACUUCCUCUGUCUCCUUUUCUUUUUCUACUUUUUUUUUCCCUUUCUUUUUGCUCCUUGAAGUGCUGAACAACCACAGGUCUUUUUGAAAAAUCAAACACUUGAUACAUCUUGACUUGCUGAUGUAAAGCUAGAGAGUUGAGAAAAUGAGCAUAUGGGGAUUUUUAAUAACAAAACACUUUCUGCAGAAGUCAUACCUUGAAUUUCAAAUGAAGAAGCAGUAGUUCUAUUCCUAACUCUUCCAGUGAUAUGCAGGGAUAACUUGUCAGAUCAUUUCAGGUAUUUUUUGUUUGUAUCAUGAAUUUAUGUACCUCCCUAAUGUACUGUUGUGAGAACAUUUCCAUCCAGAGAGUCUUAGUAAAUGAUUGAAGUACAGUA